AUGGAGGCUUCUUCUUGGGCUCUUACAGUAAUGGCAUGGCUAGCUGCCUUAGCUGUUCUCUCAAAAAUCUUCACCUUCAAACGCCACCAACCAAAAUUUCCACCGGGUCCUAAACCUUGGCCAAUCAUCGGCAAUCUAAACCUUAUUGGAGCCCUCCCUCACCAAUCCCUCCACAAAUUGUCACAAAAAUACGGACCGAUUAUGCACCUCAAGUUAGGGUCGGUGUCAGUUGUGGUUGCCGCAUCUCCGGAAAUGGCAAAGCAAUUCCUAAAGACACAUGACCAUAUCUUUGCCUCUAGACCCCAACCCGCUGCAGGGAAGUACAUUUCUUACAACUACAGCGAUAUCUUAUGGGCACCUUACGGACCAUAUUUCCGGCAAGCACGUAAAAUAUAUAUGUCGGAGGUAUUUACCCCAAAAAGACUAGAGUCGUAUGAGUAUAUUCGCGUGGAAGAAAGGAGUGCUCUUCUCUCUCGCCUUCAUGCCUUGUCUGGGAAUCCCAUUAAGGUGAAAGAGCAUCUCGUGCUCUACACUCUCAGCGUUAUAAGCAGAGUUGCAUUGGGUAAGAAGUAUUUCAGUGAAUCCGAAUCCGAAUCCGAAACCUCUGCCGUCACUUUCAAGGAAUUCCUGGAAAUGUUGGAUGAAUGGUUCGUGCUUAAUUCAGAUUUCAACGUGGGCGACUGGAUUCCGUGGCUCAAUUUCUUGGACCUGCAGGGAUUCGUGAAGCGAAUGAAGGCCUUGAGCAAAAGAUUUGAUCGAUUCCACGACCAUGUCUUUGACGACCACAAGGCAAAGAGAGGAGCGGGAGAUUUCGUGCCAAACGACAUGGUGGAUCUAAUGUUGCAGCUGGCUGAUGAUCCUAAUACCGAUGUUAAGCUCACUUAUGACAAUCUCAAGGGCCUCACUCAGGAUCUCAUAAUAGGAGCCACGGAUACAGCUGCGACUUCGGUGGAAUGGACAAUGUCCGAACUCUUGAAACAACCACACCUCAUCAGCAAGGCCACUGAGGAGUUGGAUAGGGUGAUUGGAAAAGACAGAUGGGUAGAAGAGAAAGAUAUCCCACAACUUCCUUAUAUUGAUGCAAUUGUAAAGGAAACAAUGAGGAAACACCCUCCGGCCGUAAUGCUUGCACCGCACUUUGCUCUUGAAGACUGUACCGUAGUCGAUUAUGAUAUUCGUAAAGGAAGCAUAGUCCUCAUAAAUACAUGGGGUAUGGGAAGAGACCCUUUAAUAUGGGAUGCACCUGAAGAGUUCCGCCCGGAGAGGUUCUUAGGAAAGGCUAUUGAUGUGAAGGGGCAAUAUUUCGAGCUGUUGCCCUUUGGCUCUGGUAGGAGGAUGUGCCCUGGUUACAGCCUUGGAUUGAAGAUGGUUUAUUCAACCUUGGCUAAUAUGUUGCACGGAUUCGAGUGGAAAUUGCCAGACAACAUGAAGCCUGAAGAUUUGACUAUGGAGGAAGUUUAUGGUUUGGCAACAUCUAGAAAGUUCCCAGUUGUUGCAGUCACGAAGCCACGACUCCCACUUCAUCUUUAUUAG